GUGGCUCUCCGGAGUGACCCGAGGGGCACGUUGCAUCCUCGGCAACUCAUCUGAUUUCCCGGUCUAACAAGAUCUUCUCACCCACAAGAUUGUGCCUUAGAGUUUCUUAUGUAUUAUAAUUAGAAGCCAGAAGAGUGCAAAGAGAUGAAUCUAAUGAAACUUAGAUCUGUAAAGCUGAACGAUGGACUCAGCAUGCCUCCACUGGGAUUUGGCACCUCUGCUCCUAGCAAGGUUCCUAAGACUGAAGUGGAAGAGGCCGUCAAGAGAGCAAUCGAUGUAGGCUACCGCCAUUUUGACUCAGCCUAUAUGUAUCUCAAUGAAGAAGAGAUUGGGAGGGCCAUCCAGAGGAAGAUUGCUGAUGGCACUGUGAAGAGAGAGGACAUAUUCUACACUUCGAAGGUGUGGGUAACCUUCCUCCGUCCAGAAUUGGUUCAAACCAAUCUAGAAAUGUCACUGAAGAAGCUUGGGUUUAGCUAUGUGGAUCUUUAUCUCAUUCAUUUCCCAGUACCUUUGAAGCCUGGGGAGGAAUUGUUCCCAAAGGACAAAGAUGGAAAAAUCAUUUUUGACAGAGUGGAUCUCUGUGCCACAUGGGAGGCCAUGGAGAAGUGUAAAGAUUCAGGGCUUGCCAAGUCUAUUGGUGUGUCCAACUUUAACCGCAGGCAGCUGGAGAGGAUCCUGAGCAAGCCAAGGCUUAAGUACAAGCCUGUCUGCAACCAGGUGGAGUGUCACCUUUACUUCAACCAGAGCAAACUCCUGGAGUUCUGCAAGUCCAAGGACAUCAUCCUGACUGCAUACGGUGCCUUGGGGUCCGACUUCGGGAAGGAAUGGGUGAACCAGGACGCCCCAGUUCUCCUGAAGGACCCAGUUCUCAAUGCUGUGGCCGCCAGGCACGGGCGAACUCCGGCCCAGGUGGCCCUGCGCUUCCAGCUGCAGCGGGGGGUGGUGGCCUUGGCCAAGAGCUUCAACGAGAAGAGAAUCCGGGAGAACUUCCAGGUGUUUGAUUUCCAGUUGACACCAGAGGACAUGGAGACUCUGAGCAGCCUCAACAAAAACAUUCGCUACUUUUCAGAUACUUUAUUUGCUAAUCAUCCGGAUUAUCCAUUUAAUGACGAGGAUUAACUGAUUUCUUUGACUCUGGUUGAUGAUCAGCGAACAGCUCAAGGAUGAGAAAGGAUCUGACUUAGCCCAUGUUACUUAGCCUGACACGUUGAAAUGUAGCCUGAGUCCCCCGAAUCUGGAAGUAAAUGUCUCUAAACCCAGUCUUUCCCCCUCAAAGUCAAUGGCAAUACAUUUCAAACAACCUAACCUAUCAAUGCCUUGGCUUUUUAGUCUGUUUUGCUUUUUCCUGUCACUGAGGUUGAAAUGCUGUCCCUGUGAAGUGAUCACAGGGAUAUAAAUCU